AGAGAGCGCGAUGACGACACCCUUUCUGGCUAAAGUCGUCUCUUGUAAAUAAUAAAUGUCUGAACUGAGCGAUCGUUAUUGCGCGUAUUUUUAUGUGGCACUGUAACCUGAAUGCUGUCCGUGCACUUCAGAUAUGGCGGAAGUCUUCUGCCAGUCUUCUUCAUGCUGACCAGCUCGCUUUGCUAACUUUAGCGUGCUAAGAGCGCUAGCAUUAGCUAACCUCUUUAGCUAAUGAGAGCUUGAUACGGGAGGAAUAUAUCAUGUCUUUGGKAGCCUGUUUCUGACCGAGAUGAUCUGUCUGUCAUCUGUAGUCUCUAAGUGAGCUGACUCAUAUCGAAGACCACUGGUCAAGCUUGCCCUGGCCUCCUGCCUGCCAUGCAGCCAUGAGCUCUGCCCUGUGGAGCCAGGAGAAGCCCAGCGGGGGCUUUCGGGAGGACUGGCGCUUCUACAUGGUCAUAAAGGAAUGUACCGUGGAGAAACCCGCCCAGAAGACCCUGAGGAUCCCCCGUGGUAGCCUUGGCCAGGCCUGCCAGGAGCGUAACAGCCUAGGGCGACCUCUUCCCCCAUGUAAGGGUAAGAAAAGUCUCCGAAUCCUGGACCAGACCAACGUGGUGCUGAGCCUGGAUGAGCGGGACGUCCAGGAGCUGGACGAGAAGUUGGCUGAGCUGCUGUUCCCCAUUACCAACUGUGAGGAGCGAUACGCCCUGCUGUAUGACACGUUGCGGCUGGAGCGCGUCAGGGACAUCGACUGUGGUUCCAAAGUGCGAGUCCAGCUGCGCUCGGGGGAUAAACCUCUGCCUGGUGUAGUCCGCUUCAAAGGCUCCCUGCUCCCAGACAGAGCUCUGUCUGGAAUCUGGUUUGGAGUGGAGCUGCUGGAGGAAGGUCGAGGUCAGGGCUUCACGGAGGGCUCCUACCAGGGCCGCCAGCUCUUUCGCUGUGAGGAGGAGUGUGGCGUGUUCGUGGCCCUGGACAAGCUGGAGCUCUGGGAGGACGAUGACGACGAGUCGUUGAGCCAGCUGGAGGUAGAUCAUGUCAGGCUGGUGGAAGACGAUCAGGACUAUCCUCCACUGGAAAUCAACUCCCGGGUUGUGGUGCAGACCAGAGAGGGACCUGAGAGAGGCACCAUCAUUUUCUGUGACCUGCUACCAGGCAAUGAGAGCCUAGGCUACUAUGUGGGAGUUGACAUGGACAAUCCGAUCGGGGACUGGGAUGGUGUGUUUGAAGGGAAGCUGCUGUGUAAUUUUGCCAGUUUGGAGCACACUCGACUUGUUCCCAUCUGUGACGUAAUGCCAGAAUACUCCAUGCAGGAUCAAAGGCUGCAAAAGCACAGUUUUGCCUCCAGAGGCAGCAACAGCGACAAGUCGUCCUCUGGCCAAAGCAAACCAAAGAUCAAAGGAUUAGGUCAUCAGUGUGGAAGUAGGAGCAAGUCUGAAUUUUACUAUACUUUAAAUGGCAGCUCUCUUGAUCUCCCCGCCCAGCCCAAAUCCAAAAGCACAUGGUACAUUGAUGAAGUUGGAGAAGAUCCCGCCAAGUCUCUUACUGACACGCCCCCUGAGUUUAACCAGUCCUCUCCGCCCUCCAGAGCCACGCCCACUUCCUCUCUGUCCAGCGACAACAAGUUCCACUCGCUGCCGUUCAGCCUGAACCGUAAGACCGUGCCCAAUGAGAACAUAAGCCAAGGGCCCAUCUCCCUGUCUGUCCAGUCUGUGAUGGGAGAGCAGCCCGACCCUCCACCGCCCGCUGCUUCUCCCUCGCCGCGACCUCCGACUCCACCUCGAGGACAGCCGGGUCUGGAGGUGGGCACCCUGGUGGAGGUGAAGGAGAACCCCCCACUGUGUGGUGUUAUUCGCUGGGUGGGUCUUCCUCCUGGCCUGCUGGAGCCUUUAGCUGGCCUGGAGCUGGCAUUUGGCGGGUACCUGAGUGAGGUCGUGCACGAGAACACGCCCCCACGGACAGAAAACGAUGGUCUGGAUGUCAUGGUGGGGAAAAAGAAAGGCAUUCAGGGCCACUACAACUCCUGCUACCUGGAUUCCACCCUUUUCUGUCUUUUCUCCUUCAGUUCUGUACUGGACACGGUUCUGCUGAGGCCACGAUCAAAGACUGACGUCGAGUAUUACAGGGAGACUCAGGAGCUGCUACGCACAGAGAUAGUCAACCCACUGCGCAUACAUGGGUAUGUUUGUGCCACCAAAGUGAUGAAGCUCAGGAGGAUCCUAGAGAAAGUUGAAGCUGCCUCUGGGUUUACCUCUGAAGAAAAAGAUCCUGAGGAGUUUCUUAAUAUCCUCUUCCAUCACAUACUGAGGGUGGACCCGUUGCUCAAACUACGGUCAGCAGGUCAGAAGGUCCAGGACUGUUAUUUUUACCAGAUCUUCAUGGACAAGAAGGAUAAGGUUGGAGUCCCGACGAUUCAGCAGCUCCUAGAAUGGUCCUUUAUUACCAGCGACCUCAAGUUUGCUGAGGCUCCCUCUUGUCUCAUCAUCCAGAUGCCCCGCUUUGGCAAAGACUUCAAAAUGUUCAACAAGAUUUUUCCCUCCUUGGAGUUAGACAUCACGGACCUCCUUGAAGACACUCCGAGGGAAUGUCGUAUCUGCGGAGGCCUGGCUCUGUACGAGUGCAGAGACUGUUAUGAGGACGGGGAUAUCACUGCCGGCAAGAUUAAACAAUUCUGUGAAAAGUGCAACACACAGGUACACCUUCACCCGAAGAGGAAAGCCCAUCGACACAGCAAACUGUCYGUCCCCAAGGAGCUCCAGGAUGGUACGGGACGUCAGGGCACUUUUCCCCGCCAGAGGAUGGAGCUGUUUGCUGUGCUGUGCAUCGAAACCAGUCACUACGUGGCCUUCGUCAAGUACGGCAGCGCCGAUUCUGCCUGGCUCUUCUUUGACAGCAUGGCUGACCGUGAUGGAGGGCAGAAUGGUUUCAACAUACCACAGGUGUCUCCCUGUCCGGAGGUGGAGGCCUACCUGAAAAUGACCCCAGAGGAGCUGCACACCCUAGACCCCAAAAGCAUCCAGGGGCAGGCGAGGCGUCUGCUCUGCGACGCUUAUAUGUGCAUGUAUCAGAGCCCAACCAUGAGCCUGUACAAGUAAAAUCCUCUUCCCCAGACCCAACUGCCUCGCCUCCUCAGCUCCUCUGCAUCUCCAUCUCCACUCCCUGAGGACAGCAGAUUCCCCGAAAGACCAAAAAAUUUCAAGUACGAACUAACAGAGGAGGUGCCGUCUGCCAGCAGGGGCGCUGUCCUGAGUAUCCGUCUCCACCUCUCCUCAGUGCCGACCUUUUUUUUUAAUUUUAUUUUUUUCCCCCGUGGAGGUUAAAGAGAUGGAAGAGAGUGGGAGAAGCCUAUUUGCACUGUGUAAUAAAUAGUUCAAGUGUUGUGUUCUUCACGUAGUCCUAUGUAGCUUUCCUGUGUCUCACAGCUGAGUGUCGGCGGUGGUUAAUGAAGCGACGGCAGGCUUUAUGAGGAUUCACUCCCUGCUCAGGAAGGAGGAAGACGACGGCGGAACAGGAGGCCGCGUCGCGUCGCAGUGGCUGACAGAAUAUGUGCAGCGAAAACAAAACGAGCUCACGGGAGGGCCUUGAUCACCUCAUUUACCUUAAGCAAAGAGGAGUCGUGUUGUUCUUAAUCACUGUAAGAGAUGGGAGCUUCUCAUGGCGCGCAUUAAGAAAGCAACACGGAGCGGAAAAACCUCCUGUUUGUGCUGUUCAAAAAUAACCCUGUAAACUCUCAGUGGCUUAGAUUUCUCCACUUAACAACAUCAACUAUAAAUAUCAACCAGUUGUGGAUUCAGGUUCUUCUCUUCGUCGACUGGUUAGAAUAUUUCCUCCUAAAGCUGUGUGAAAACAUCUCUACAGUAUAUGUUUUGCAGAAUAAGAUGUAGCCGUUGUAAAAGUUUUUGCCACACACUCGCUCAGUCGACGCUGCUCUCCUCCGUCUCCCAAGUGGACCGAUCAGAAAACAUUAUUAUUUUUUUCUGUUUUUAAGCUCUCCUAUUUGAAGACCCAGCGAGUGCUAAUUUGUUGGUCAGGAGACAUGGGAGUUUUGUUGCAGAAUACAGAUUUGCUGCUGUGCUGUAGCUGCGGGGAAACGCUCUGCAUCGCUAAUGCAGAGUAGGUGGCAGAUAAAUGCACGAGAGGAGACUUGUACAAAGGCUUCAGUUGUCGAGCUGCUCGCCACGCAGCUCCACGCCUUCAUCGACUCAAUGAGGUGAAAAACUGGACAAGUCAGGCUUUUUUUUCUUUUCUCGAGGUAAGACUUGUGCGAUGUGGGGUGAAAAAAAAAGCGUUGUGUCGCUCAUUGUGCUAAUGAGUGUGUCUAAAUUAUGUUUUAUGUUUACAAAGCCUUUUCCCCUGUCUGUCCUGGCAGGUCUGAUUUUUAUUUUUUUAUUUUUUUUAAAAGGAGCAAGUCUUAACUCUCUCUGCCUUUUGUGAAAGUGUGACAUGUUAUAUGUCCAAACUUGCACCUGAUAACAAAACCAUCAUAAUCGAACAACUAUUUAUUACACUGAUCAUAACAAAAACUCACCUGAAGUCAAAGAAAAAAAGAAAAACAAAACAGGAAACAGGGUUGACAAUGUAAGAUUUGGGUACUAGUCCGCUUUCACUGUAUAUUUAAGUGAGUUAUUGUUCUUCAUGUUGUCUUAUACCAACUACUGAUUGUUAAUAGGGACACUUUGAUAAGUUAACAAAAGACAGAUAAUGAAGAGGCACAACGGUGCAUCAGAUAUGUGUAUUUUAACAAGAGUUUUGAUCCAAAAUAAACUGAUUAUGUUUGAUCCCAUUAUACUCCAGUUUCACAAAACAGAAGCCAACCAGUCUGGAUCCAGACUGGUUUUUCCUUGGUUUUCUCAUAUCACAAUGAAUUGAUUAAAAGCAACAAAUACAGAUGUUGGCAUCAGCAUUAGAUAUCUAAUAUAAGCAUAUUUAAAUAUUUUCCUAAUCCUGCUCACAGUUUAAUGACGGAUUUCAUUGUGAGGUAAAGAUGUUUUUAAACGACUGAUCCAGUUUGCUCUGUGGUCGUUCCCACUGUCGCAGGGAUUCUGACAGAGGAACUUCCUGUGUGAACUUUUCGCUGCACUGUUGGAGCUCGUCACUGACCGGUUCCUUGUUCACUUUGACACAAGUCUCAGAAAAAAAAAGAGGAUGGGAUUGUGUUUUUGUUUGUUUUUUCCUGUUGCAUCUGUACAGUGUAGACAUAUGUAACAGGUGAUGAUAAAUUAAUGUCUGUGAUGUUUCCUGUAAAUGUUAACAAAAUAAAGCUCAUUUUGACAGGUUCA